AGAAUGUCUACGGGACUGCCGCGUUAUGCUAUUUUAUGGUAAGCGUCUAGGCUAGCUUGGUAGAAGGGCUUUGGCGCCGCCUGACAAAACGAUGUGUAUGACGUCACCCGAACAUGGCGGCACCUGGGGAGAUAAACAAACGCUUUCAAAACAACUCCAGGUGUAACAACUGAAAUCUGUGUGAUACACUUUUGAUAACAUGCAGAUAAUUAAAGAAGAGAGUGAAGACAUGAGUUGGGCAGAAGUAUGCAGGAUGAAAAAUGAAGAUACAACGGAACAAAGAGCCCUGAUCCAAUUGAAAAAGGAAAGUGAAGAACUGAAUGAAGUGGAGGAGAAACAUCAGUAUCAGAAAUCUCAUAAUUUCACAACUGAAGAAAAAUAUUUUAGCUGCUCACAAACUGAAAUUAAUUUAUCACAAAAAACAACAGGAACCAAAAAUUAUUUGACCUGCUCUCAGUGUGGAAAGAGUUUCAGCAAGAAAUCAAACCUUAAAACGCACAUGAGAAUUCACACUGGGGAGAAGCCAUUCACAUGCGAUCGGUGCGGGACGAGUUUCAAAUUUAAAAGUGGACUUGACCAACACAUGAGACAUCACACUGGAGAGAAGCCUUACACAUGCUUACAGUGUGGGAAGAGCUUCAAAUGGAAAAGUGGACUUGAUGCACACAUGAGAAUUCACAAUGGAGAGAAGCCUUUUGCAUGUCAUCAGUGUGGGAAGAGUUUCUCAUUUCAAGUAGACUUUAAUAGACACAUGAAAAUACACACUGCAUUGAACCCUUUCCCCUGCCCUCAGUGUGGAAAAAGUUUUACAUUCAAAGCAGCCUUUACAAGUCACAUGAGAAUUCACACCGGAGAGAAGCCUUUUACAUGUGAUCAGUGUGGGAGGAGUUUUGGAAAUAAUAACAACCUUGAUAAGCACAUGAGAAGUCACACUGAAGAGAAACCUUUAGUACGCCAUCAGUGUGAGAAGAGUUUUAAACAUGAAAGAGACUGUAAUGUGCACAUGAGAAUUCAUACUGGAGAAAAGCCUUUCACAUGCCAUCAGGGUGGGAAGAGCUUUAGACAAGCAAAACAUAUCAAAACUCAUAUUUGCCCUCACUCUGAAGUGAGGUCAUCUAAAAGUGAUCAUUGUGACUCAAAUUUGACUUCUGCACCAGUCGAAAAAAUGCACCUGAGAAUUCAUGAAAAUAUGAAGCCGUACUUGUGUUCUCUUGAAGAAAAGAGUUUUAAAGAGCAGCAGAAAAAUCAUACUGCUGUAAAAGAUCAUGUCUGCUUAGAAUGUGGACGUGUGUUUUCUAGAAAAAAUAAUUUGGAACGGCAUCAAAGAAUCCAUACUGGUGAAAGACCAUUCAAGUGCUUAAUUUGUGGAAAGAGAUUUACAAUAUCAGGAAACCUGAAAGUACACGAGAGAGUGCAUACUGGAGAAAAGCCAUACCACUGCACUUCAUGUGGGAAGAGUUUUACCUAUUUUAAGUCUGUAAUGAGUCAUAGAGCAAAGUGUUGCCCAGAGUUGUUAAAGUGAGCAAACUCAAGGACAGAAAAUUCCCCUCUUGUGACAUUGCUUUGUUUUUUCUUCUGUUACCUUCACUGUAAAAAGUACUAUGUGAUAUAUAUUUAAUAACUGAGUUAACAAUAUUACAUAUAAUAUUUUUAAGAAUGUUUUAAGCUUUUUUUUAAAAGAAAUCUCCUUUAUAAAAUAAUAAUAUAAAGUAAAGCCCUUCUGCUCACACCUAUUAAA